GUUUCCUUGUUAUAUGCACACGUGACCGGUUAUUGACGUGACAAACGUAGCUGAAGCCAAAAAAUAUGGCCAGAAACGAAGAGAAGCAACUUGGUAAACUGAACAGGCUGUGGCUUCAGAAAGAGCGAGAAGAGGGUCGGAUCAAAGAUGCAAACAAAGCUAGACCCAGAUUGUCUUCCCUUAAUACAGCAUCAGCUGUGAAAAAAUGGAUCCCAGCUAUCAAGAAUGAAAUUGAAUACUUCCUCCAGCAGUCCCAGCUCUCCCAUUACCCUGAGAGGAAGAUUGCUGAGUUUCAACAGCACAUUGAAGAGCUGGGGGAGGAAUACAAACGUCACAUCAGGAAACUUCGUUCCCUUGACCCCUCAUGCAAGCAUCAUCCGUGGACACCCCGGGCCUACACGAAAAGGAGGCUGGAGGACUUUGACCCUCAGUGUGCAGCAAAGAGACGCCGCACCUCUGAACCCUGUGACCUGACCGAGCACAGUGGUGACAGUCCGCUGGCCUCUGUGGGACUGCAAAGCCAUCUCCCAUCAGCCACUGCUGUCAGCUCCAACCCAGACCUGCCCGAUGAAGAUCGGCCUCUUUCCUUCAACACGGCGAGGAUGGCCCUUAAAUUAGCAGGGUCCCGAACUGCCCCACAAGGCCUCCAUUCAGACACCAUGACACGUGUGCUCCUGUCAGGCCUGCCCAACCUCCACACUUCCCCCUUGGCCCAGACAGCACAGGCUCAGGGUGCUCAGGAAGGGACCUCAGGUUCCCCUGACCCCAGCCCUGUUCCUCACAGCACAACACAAGAACUGGGGCUGUGUUGUUACUCUUCCUCUGAUGAUGACACAUAGGGCACAAGCUGGCUGUUGGCCAAGAGAACAAUACACAUUGCCAUAAAGGUCUCAGCAAAGGACUGCUACUGGGUAUACAGAGUAUCAGGUGUAUGCUGUCUUCCUAAGAAUUAUGAACUAUGUUGAUUUUAAAAGGAUUAGUACUUGUAUUCUGUUGGUCAUGGGCAUGGCAGUGCAACAUUGAAUACUGCUGUCUCCUUCUCAGGAAUGCUUCGUCCUUGACUGAAUUCAGUAAGUUUCGUAUUUUCCAGAAAUGUAAUCUCCAACACUCUCCAAUACUGUGUAUGAAUUUAAAUUUGCCUGCUCAACAUGCGUGAUGGCAGAGCUUAUGGAGUUGAAUACAUUAACACUGCGUACAGGUAUUAGAAAAUUGUUAUUCAGUAUCCAGUGUUAUUAAAAAUCAUUUUGAAUGGGCA